AUUGAUACUAGUAACUGAAGCAUCAAUAUGAGUUCAACAAUUUUCCUGAGCUGCCUGUUGGUCAUCAGCGGAAGCCUUCUGGGGACAGCUAAUGCCGAAGAGAACUUUGAAUCUGAUAGGGAACGUGUGAUUGCGGUCUAUAAGGAUGCUAAUCCUGAUAGCAUUGCUGAUAGCAACGUUUACUUUCUGGUGAAUUUUCUCGACAAGUAUGCCGAUCAGAUUCAGUUGACACCCGAACAACGAUCCCAAACUGAGGAUGUUGUGAAGCAAUACAAUGAGAAAAGGCCAAGCAUCCUUUGGUGGACGGUGCACCGCCUCAAGGCGGUUGGUUGUCAAAACUUGCAAGGGAGGUCGUUGUCCAACUGGGCAUCGCACUUGCUAUCGAGGGAGUUAAAAAGCUACAGGAUCUUAGGACUAGAGAUCGUUGUAAAGUUGUUUGUAACAUACUGAUGUUAUGACUUUAUGGACCUAAUAAAUUGUAAUAAUUGGCAUA